AUGUCUUCCAAGGACGAGAUCGCAGAUUCGCGAAUCGAAAAGGCCACCUCCAAUGAAAUUGAAAUGUCCAACGAGGGCAAGUUCGCCGAUGAAGAAUACACAGAGUCCGAAGUACGCAAAAUUAUCCACAGGGUUGACAGACGCCUCAUUAUCGUCUGUGGUCUUAUGGUCGCUGUUAGUCUCCUAGACAGAGGGAACCUCGGACAUGCGAACAUUGCUGGGAUGUCGGCAGAUCUGGGACUCGCGACAGGAACUCGAUACUCUCUCAUCGUCCUCAUUUUCUUCGCACCAUAUAUUGCUGCUAUCCUACCCUGCACUGUGUUGGUACGUAAGCUGGGCCCAAGAUGGACCUUACCUGCCUUAACUGCAGCCUGGGGGUUGGUUUCUUUGGGAUUUGGCUUCGUGCACAAUUGGACUGUUCUAGUUGGUCUCCGCAUCAUUCUCGGAAUCCUUGAAUCUGGUCUUUUCCCGGGAACAAUCUACCUCAUGUCAGUGUGGUAUACUCGCUACGACAUUCACAAGCGCUAUUCCUUCUUCUACUUGAUUGGACUGGUCGGCUCGUCCCUUGGAGGUGUGCUAUCCUAUGCAUUUAUGCAGAUGGCAGGAUUGGGAGGCCUAGGAGCUUGGAGGUGGAUAUUCGUCAUGGAAGGCGUAUUAACCUGUGUCAUUGCCGCAAUCGCCUUCUGCUUCCUAGUCGGUUCCCCGCAAGAUGCUCCAAAAGCGUGGAGAUUUCUUACGGAGAAAGAAGCCGCGCUUAUCAUUCGACGCAUCGAGAAAGAUCGAAAUGAUGCUGCUGUUGAUCAGAAUUGCUCAACGAUCAUGGGCUAUGCCGUUGCAUACUUCCUUCCUUUGAUUCUAAAUCAUGAACUUGGCUUCAGCAUCGGAGUCUCUCAGCUACUCUGCACUCCACCUUACAUGUUCGCCGGCGUUAUGAUGUACGCUGAAGGCUGGUUGUGUGACAAGUAUCAAGUCCGAAGCGCUGCCAUUCUCUACAACGCACUUCAAACUAUUCUCGGUUUGUGCCUGUUGGCUUGGACUAGCAUCCCCGGCGUGCAAUACUUUGGUGUCUUCCUUGUAACCUCCGGCUGCAACUCCAACAUCCCUGCUGUCCUGGCCUGGCAAGCAAACAACAUUCGAGGGCAUUGGAACCGGACUUUUUGCAGCGCGAGUUUGGUUGGCAUGGGAGGUCUUGGUGGCAUCAUCGGUGCUCUUGUUUUCCGCUCUCAGGACGCUCCCUUAUAUUUACCUGGGAUGUAUGCCUCAAUCGCUGCCAAUAUCAUUGUCAUCCUAAUCACAUCGUCAAUGGUCCUUUAUUUCCGUUAUGCAAACAAACAAGCGGCUGAAGGAAAACGGGUUAUUGCAGACCUUCCGGGAUUCCAGUACACUCUCUAA